CUCCAGAAAAACUUGUUUCUCUCUAAAAUGACAUAUUAUCAUAUCAAAAUACACUUUCCUUAACCCCUUCCCACAUUGUUUAGCUUAUUCAUAAUGUUCACUAUAUUGACCAACUGCUGCUUCAUGGCCAUGUCUGAUCCGGCGCCAUGGACCAAAUACCUGGAGUAUACAUUUACUGGCAUUUACACUUUCGAGUCAGCAAUAAAGAUAUUAGCGAGAGGAUUCUGCACCGUGCCGUUCACCUUCCUGAGAGACCCAUGGAACUGGUUGGACUUCACUGUCAUCAUCAUGGCAUACGUGACAGAAUUCGUCGACCUUGGAAAUGUCUCUGCGUUAAGAACCUUCAGAGUACUGAGAGCACUGAAAACCAUCUCAGUUAUCCCAGGUCUGAAGACCAUCGUGGGUGCCCUGAUCCAGUCUGUGAAGAAGCUGGCGGACGUGAUGAUCCUGACCGUGUUCUGUCUCAGUGUUUUCGCCCUUAUCGGCCUGCAGCUCUUCAUGGGGCUCCUAAGACAAAAGUGCAUCCGCAGCCUCUCGCACUGCAUCAACUCCUCGUAUAGCACCAACUCGUCCUUCGUCUGCAACAACAGAACCUGGAGCUCCAUGGCAGAUUUCCUCACCAAUGAAGAUAAUUUUUACAAAGUUGAAGGAGCAAAGGAUGCCUUAAUAUGUGGAUAUGGAAAUGAUGCAGGGAAGUGUCCAGACGGAUUUGACUGCCUGAAAGUAGGAAGGAAUCCAAACUAUGGCUACACCAGCUUUGAUACCUUCGGCUGGGCUUUUCUAGCACUUUUCCGACUCAUGACACAAGAUUACUGGGAAAAACUGUUUCACCAGACUUUACGCUCAGCUGGAAAGACCUACAUGGUUUUCUUUGUGCUGGUAAUCUUCUUGGGCUCCUUCUACCUGGUCAACCUGAUCCUGGCUGUAGUGGCCAUGGCUUAUGAGGAGCAGAAUCAGGCAACUAUCGCUGAGGCCUGGCAGAAGGAGAGAGAAUUUCAGCUGGCAAUGGAGCAUCUCAGAAGAGAGCAAAGAUUGGCUGCAAAAAGACAAGCACAGGAGACAGACUCGGUCCUCUCUCCGGAGCUCUCUCCAUUCUGCCUCAAAGCUGGAAGUAUAAGACGAAACAGCAGCAGAAGAAGAAGAUCUCACAGAACACUGUCGGAGGAAACGGAGGAAGUUGCUGAAGACAAGGAGGAGCCCCUGGAUGAACCAAUGCCUCCUCUGUCUCCCCUGCCAGCCCACCCUCUGCUGGCCACACUCUCUUCCCAUCCCCUCAGCACCAGAAGAGGAAGCCAGAACAGCGUCUUCAGCUCUUUCCGGGUUCGCAACAACUCCGAGGCAGACUUUGGAGAUGAUGAGUACAGUAUUCACGGAGACGUCUUCAGGAGUCGCACCAGCUCAACGGCAACACACUGGAAGAGGAGGACGGGGAGUGUGAGGAGCCACUGCUCACAGGUCUUCACCCCCAGCCACAAUGUCAAUGGUCGGCUGAACAUCUCCCUAGACCAGAAUGGAGUGACAUCAUUGGGUCUGCUCACCCCUACAUCUAUGCCAGCUUACAGCAUGGAGAGAGUCAGGGAGGAGGCAGUUUUUUCUGUUCAGAGGCCUACGAGUGCAGAGGACACGGCCCCCAGAGCUCUGCUUCAGCCUUCGCCAACAGUGACGGAGCCUCCUCCGGUACAGAGGAAAAGAGGCCUGAGCUCUGUCAGCUUCCUUAGUGAUGCCAUGGACGAACUUCAGGAGUCGAGGCAAAAGUGCCAUCCCUGCUGGUACAAGUUCGCCAAGCGGUAUCUGAUAUGGGACUGCUGUCCCUGGUGGCUGAAACUGAAAGAGUGGGUCAAGUUAAUGGUGAUGGAUCCCUUCCUCGAUCUAUUUAUUACCAUAUGCAUUGUGCUAAACACCCUCUUCAUGGCCCUGGAGCACUAUCCCAUGACCGAUGAGUUCAACACCAUGCUCUCAGUGGGCAAUCUGGUGUUCACAGGUAUCUUUACGGCAGAGAUGGUGCUAAAGCUGAUUGCCAUGGACCCCUACUACUACUUCCAACAAGGCUGGAACAUCUUUGACGGCGUCAUCGUUUGCCUCAGUCUGAUGGAGUUGGGCCUCUCGAAUGUAGAGGGACUGUCUGUCCUGCGAUCUUUCAGAUUGUUGCGAGUUUUCAAGCUGGCAAAGUCCUGGCCCACUCUCAACACACUCAUCAAGAUCAUCGGCAACUCAGUGGGAGCCCUGGGAAACCUGACGCUGGUGUUGGCCAUCAUCGUCUUCAUCUUCGCCGUGGUGGGCAUGCAGCUAUUUGGCAAGAAUUAUCAGGACUGCGUGUGCAAGAUCUCCAUCGACUGUCAGCUGCCUCGCUGGCACAUGAAGGACUUCUUCCACUCCUUCCUGAUCGUGUUCAGAGUGUUGUGUGGCGAGUGGAUAGAGACCAUGUGGGACUGUAUGGAAGUGGCUGGACAGCCCCUGUGCAUCCUGGUGUUCAUGUUGGUCAUGGUCAUUGGGAACUUGGUGGUGCUGAACCUUUUUCUGGCCCUGCUGCUCAGCUCCUUCAGCUCUGACAAUCUCUCUGCUCCAGAGGAAGAUGGUGAUUUGAAUAACAUUCAGAUCGCCAUCGCCCGGAUCAAUUCUGGUGUCUCCUGGUUAGUCUCGAACAUCACCACCCUAUUCAAUCGUAGCUUUAAGCGUCAAAAUCAGAAAGCCAAAGAAGCAAGUCAGGCCAUCAAGCUGGCGGGAAAUCACGUGGAGAGCAACGGGGGAAUUUGUGGACGUUAUGGAGAGAAGUACACGAUACCAGAGGAGGACAGCUACAUGACUAACCCAAACCUGACCGUGGUUGUUCCCAUCGCACCUGGGGAGUCAGACGUGGAGUUUCUUGAGGAGGAGGAGAUUUCAGAGUCGUCAGAGGAUGAAGAUGAGAAAGAGAAAAUCAGUCUGUCAGAGGGCAGCACGGUGGAUCUGAGGAAGCCUGGAGAAGAAGAAGACAACUUUUCGGAACUGGCUGAAGAGAGUAUGGAUCCAGAUGAAUGCUUCCCAGAAUUCUGCAUGAGGCACUGCCAUUGCUGCGACAUCGACACCACCCGUGGUCUGGGCCAGUUCUGGUGGAGACUGAGGAAGACCUGUUACCAGAUCGUGGAACACAGCUGGUUUGAAACAUUCAUCAUCUUCAUGAUCCUGCUCAGCAGUGGAGCUCUGGCAUUUGAAGAUAUCUACAUUGAGAAGAGAAAAGUGAUAAAGGUAAUGCUGGAGUAUGCCGACAAAGUCUUCUCCUACAUCUUCGUGCUGGAGAUGUUCCUCAAGUGGAUCGCGUACGGCUUCAAGAAAUAUUUCACCAACUACUGGUGCUGGCUCGACUUUCUUAUAGUGGAUGUGUCCUUGAUAAGUCUGGUGGCAAAUUCUCUGGGGUACUCUGACUUUGCUGCAAUCAAGUCCUUGAGGACCCUCCGGGCUUUGAGACCUCUCAGAGCUCUGUCCAGAUUUGAGGGAAUGAGGGUGGUAGUAAAUGCUCUCAUAGGAGCCAUCCCCUCCAUCAUGAACGUGCUGCUCGUGUGUCUUAUCUUCUGGCUCAUAUUCAGCAUCAUGGGAGUCAAUCUGUUUGCGGGCAAGUUCGGGAAAUGUGUGAACAGGACAGGCUUUAUCCACAAUGUCUCCAUCGUCAACAACAAGUCUGAGUGCCUCUCCAUGAAUGACACCCAGUUCUACUGGACAAAAGUCAAGGUCAACUUUGACAAUGUGGGACUUGGCUACCUUUCCCUUCUCCAAGUGGCUACAUUUAAAGGAUGGAUGGAAAUAAUGCACGCAGCUGUUGACUCAAGAGGAGUGGAGGAACAACCUGUCAGAGAAAUCAAUCUCUACAUGUACCUCUACUUUGUUGUCUUCAUCAUAUUUGGCUCCUUCUUCACCCUCAAUCUCUUCAUUGGUGUCAUCAUUGACAAUUUCAAUCAGCAGAAAAGAAAGUUAGGUGGACAAGAUAUCUUCAUGACUGAAGAACAGAAGAAGUACUACAGUGCUAUGAAGAAAUUAGGAUCUAAAAAACCUCAAAAGCCAAUACCAAGGCCUACGAACAUUAUCCAGUCCUUCUUCUUUGAUCUGGUGUCCAAGCAAGCCUUCGACAUCAUGAUCAUGAUGCUCAUCAUCGUCAACAUGGUGACAAUGAUGGUGGAAACCGAUGAGCAGUCGGAGCGAAUGGAGUACAUCCUCAAUAAGAUCAACCUGGUCUUCAUUGUAAUCUUCACCACUGAAUGCCUGAUCAAGAUCUUUGCUCUUCGUUGUUAUUUCUUCACAGUUGCAUGGAACAUUUUUGAUUUCGUGGUGAUAAUUCUUUCUAUUGUGGGGAUCGUUCUCGCUGACAUCAUUGAGAAGUACUUUGUAUCUCCAACCCUGUUUCGAGUCAUCAGACUAGCAAGGAUAGGACGUGUACUUCGACUUAUACGUGCAGCCAAAGGAAUAAGGACUUUACUGUUUGCCUUAAUGAUGUCCAUGCCAGCUCUGUUCAAUAUUGGCCUCCUGCUUUUCCUCGUCAUGUUCAUCUAUGCCAUCUUCGGUAUGGCAAACUUUGCCUACGUGAAAAAGCAAGAUGGAAUAGACGACAUGUUUAACUUUGAAACCUUUGGGAAUAGCAUAAUCUGCCUUUUUCAGAUCAGCACCUCGGCAGGCUGGGACAACCUCCUGAGCCCAAUAAUGGCCAGUUCCCCAGAUGAGUGUGACGCUCACUAUGUCAAUACUGGCACAAACACCAAGGGUAACUGUGGCAGCCCCUCAGUAGGCAUAGCUUUCUUUGUCAGUUACAUUAUCAUUUCUUUCCUCAUUGUGGUAAAUAUGUAUAUAGCUAUUAUUUUGGAGAACUUCAGCGUUGCCACAGAGGAGAGCACAGAGCCACUGAGUGAGGAUGACUUUGAAAUGUUUUACGAGGUUUGGGAGAAGUUUGACUCCGAGGCCACACAGUUUAUUGAGUUUUCCAUGCUCUCAAGCUUUGCUGACACUCUGUCAGAGCCACUGCGUAUCGCAAAGCCCAACAUGAUCAAGUUAAUCUCCAUGGACCUCCCCAUGGUUAGUGGAGAUAGGAUCCACUGCCUGGACAUCUUGUUUGCCUUCACAAAGCGGGUCCUGGGAGAGUCAGGCGAAAUGGACGCCCUCAAACAGCAAAUGGAGGAGAAGUUCAUGAUGACCAACCCCUCUAAAGUUUCCCACGAGCCCAUCACCUCCACAUUGCGCCGCAAACUGGAGGAGGUGUCCGCCAUCGUCAUCCAGAGGUGUUAUCGGAGGCACCUCAUGCGCCGACAGAUGAAGCAGGCGUCCUACCUCUACAGGCAAAUAAACUACGAGACUGUAGUGGAUGUGGAGAAUGCUCCAGAAAGAGAGGGGCUGAUAGCCUCCAUGAUACACCACUAUGGGCUAGUUGAGGUCGAGGUUGCCCAAACAAGAGAGGAGACUCUAACAUCCUCGCCUCCAUCAUAUGACAGUGUGACCAGGGCGGCCUGUCUGAGCCUCUCUGAAGUGGUCAGAACAAUAUCCAGAGAAUCUGAACUUGGGGAGCCUGGUGAAAAAUAUGAGGAAACUUUUCUUUGAGACUUGAUUGUGUGGAGAGUGAUUGUGUCUGAUUGUUUACAGAAGAGAAUUUAGAUCAAAACAACUCAAGAGAUUUUAUAUGUAAGUAUACAUUUUAGCAGACACCGAGCAAUAUUUGUCAGUGACUUGCUGCCACUGUGGAAUAGAACAGAAUGGAAUAAGCCUGAAUUCAGUGAUGUUACACAGUCAUUAUUCAAAUGUGUGCACUCUGUUUUAAUGUUUAUCUAUACAAAACGAGCCCUCUUUGCAUUAAUUCGAAAUGCCACAUCAUUUGCAGUUUUUAGCAUAUCGGACUAAAAGUCAGCUUUACAACAAGAACCUUUGUGAAUGACCUAUGGUUAAAACCUACUGUGCAAUAUUAAUGAUUUUUCCUCCAUUAUACAGAUGUAUAAUAUAAAUGUAACGGACUUCCUGGACGUGUGCUAUUUUGUCCAAGUUCAGACACACAUAAUGUUAAUUGUAGCUUGUAAGCUUGCUAGCUGACACAGUGAGCAAAAUAUAUAUCAUAAAAUAUACAUAAAUAAUGAACAUGUUAAAGGUACUGGAGCUGAUAAAGAGAUAAUUAACCUAAAUGUGUGCAACAUUGCUUUGCAACACAUCUCAUCAAAAUAGGUUCAAACACAUUCAUAACAUAUUUAUUAAUUAAUUAUUAAUAAUUAAUACCAAGUUACUGUACACUGCUGCUUAAAAGCUUUGGCAAAAUUUUCUACUUUUCUGUUUGAAAAUGACUCAAAACAUCAGUGGAUUUUUACACAAGGUCUUGUGUUUUUUCAGGUCAGGACUUUGACUUGGUCAUUCCCAAACAUUUAUUUUGUUCUUGUUUAACCGUUCUUUUGUAGAACAACCUGUGUUCUUGGGGUCAUUGUCUUGCUCAUGACCCAGUUUCUCUUAAGAUUCCAUUCAUGGACAGAUGUCCUGAUAUUUUCUUCAUAAAUUCUGGUAUAAUUCGGUAUUCUGUCUUAUACAAACCUGCCCCAUAUGCAGUAGAACAGGCCCAAGCUAGGACAUGUUUCACAGAUGACAUGAGGUUCUGAUGCUGGCAUGUUGUUUUAUCUCCAAAAACAUGACCUCUCAUUUAAACCAAACUAUUUUACAUUGGUCUCAUCUGUUCGCCAAAGUCUUCUGGGCAGAAAUAUUCUGUUGGAUUUGUCCUUGCCGCUCUGCCAUGAGUUCUCCUGAGCUCAUUUACAUGAAUAAACUAAUGCACAAGUAUAAUAUUUUGUUUCAUUUCUUCACAGUUCACUGAUGUUUUGAGUAAUUUUUAUACAGGAAUGUAAAAAUUCUGAAGAGAGCAAAAACGUUAAAGUGGUAGUGUGAUAUAUGAUGUGUGAGUAUAGCGAUUUAUGCAAAUGUCCAGAUGUUUUGAUGCUUAUUAUUGUUGCUAACAGGCUAUAUAUUGCUCAGUAAUGUUGAAUGCAGCAGAUAUGAUGCUUUUAUUCUGGUGUUACUAACAUUAACCAAAGCUAUCUAACAUUUAUUCAUUAAAUUUUCUAAUUUAGUUGAAUCAAAGAUAACCAUACAGCAAAUUGUACACCAAUUAUAGCUCAUUUUAGUCAUUUGAUGCACAUUAAAGUUAUUUUUAAUGAAUGGUGGAAUCCAUGAAAUUAUGCUUUCAUAUCAUUAGCUUAAUAGUAUAAUUGCUAAAUAAUCUGUAACUUACUGUUACAAAAUCAAUAAAAAUACCAAAAAUUGUAUUUUUUUUGUUUUCCAAAAACUUUCAAAUAUGACUUAGGCAAUUAUGCUAUUAGGCUAACGAUAUAUGUGUAGGCUGAAUGCAGGCUGAAUUAUGCACAAUUUUGGUUGGGCAUUCAGUACAUGUUACUACUGUUAUGAAAAUAUGAUUUACUGUUAUUUUGUCACAGCCACUUUAACUUGUGUGUCAAUUACAAAGUAGGGCUGUGUGCACUAAUAAUCCCUGAAUCAUGUGCCUAAUUGUGAUUGUGGUCCGCACACCUCUCUGAAUCUCUUUAGACCAUUUAAUUUGAUCUGAUGGAUGUGGAUUGGAAACGCAUGAAUGCGCUGCGAGCUCAUUUUGUAAUUAGGUGCGUAAAGAGCUUGGAGGCUGUAUAAUGUGUGUAAAGCUCAUUUUUACCUAUUUUUUUGUAAUGUAUUUAUAUCAAAAGACCUUUUCGGUGACUCUCAUGAUGGCCAACAAGAAGUGAUCAAAGUAUAUAAUUAUAAUGUGUUCAUUUUUAUAUAAAAUACUUCGCUC